CGUGUCGGGACGGGUAAAGAGAUGGCGGCUGAUCAUAGGAUCCACGUCUUAAAACGCGCCAGCUGACCUUUUCCUCUUCCAAGAUAUAACUCGAGCGUCAAAACACCAUUUUGAGUUUUGACAUCAAACAUCAUCAUCAUUACAGAUUAAUUAUAAUAAAAAAAGGCAACUUUCGCGUUAAAAUUCUGGAAUAAAAACGGAAACACAAGGUUCUCGAUUUUUGAAAGCGAGGAAAGGGGUUUAGGAAUUUGAUGAAAUGGCCUUGUUUCGCAAAUUGUUCUACCGCAAACCUCCAGAUGGUUUGCUCGAGAUAUGCGACAGAGUUUUCGUGUUCGACUGCUGCUUCUCUACCGAAUCUUGGGAAGAAGAAAACUACAAAGUCUAUAUGCCGGGAGUAGUCAACCAGCUGCAGGAGCACUUCCCCGACGCAUCCUCUCUUGUGUUUAAUUUCCGUGAAGUUGGUACUCGGAGUGUGAUGGCUGAUAUCUUGUCAGAACAUGGCUUGACCAUUAUGGAUUAUCCUCGCCACUACGAAGGCUGCUCACUGUUGCCUGUGGAAAUGAUGCACCAUUUUCUCCGGUCAAGUGAAAGCUGGCUCUCCCUCGGCCCAAACAACUUGUUGCUGAUGCAUUGUGAACGCGGUGCUUGGCCAGUUUUAGCUUUCAUGCUAGCUGCCCUCCUUAUCUACAGGAAGCAGUACAGUGGUGAGUACAAGACCUUGGACAUGAUCUACAAGCAGGCUCCGCGUGAGCUUCUACAUUUGUUCUCACCGUUGAACCCAAUUCCUUCUCAGCUUCGCUAUCUACAGUACGUGUCAAGAAGGAAUUUGGUCUCUGAAUGGCCUCCACUGGAUAGGGCUCUCACCAUGGAUUGUGUUAUUCUGAGAUCUGUUCCUAAUGUUGGUGGACAAGGAGGCUGCCGUCCAAUCUUCCGAGUAUAUGGUCAGGAUCCGUUUUUUGUAGAUGAUAAAAAGCCCAAGCUUUUGUACUCGACACCUAAGAAAGGGAAACACCUGAGGGUCUACAAGAAGGCAGAAUGUGAACUAGUCAAGGUUGACAUCAAUUGUCAUGUGCAAGGUGAUAUCGUGAUUGAGUGCCUCAGUUUGAACGAUGACAUGGAAAGAGAGGUCAUGAUGUUUCGAGUGGUUUUCAACACGGCUUUUAUCAGAUCAAACAUUUUGAUGCUUAACCGUGAUGAAGUUGACACAUUAUGGCAUGUAAAAGAACAAUUCCCAAAGGGGUUCAGAGUUGAGCUACUCUUCUCUGAUAUGGAUGCCGCCUCGUCUGUUGACUUGAUGGAUUUUUCGUGCUUGGAGGAGAAAGAUGGUCUUCCAAUAGAAGUUUUUUCCAAAGUUCAUGAGUUCUUUAAUCAAGUUGACUGGGUUGAUCAGACGGAUGCCACACGCAAUAUGCUUCAGCAUUUAGCUAUUGCAAAUGCUGUCCAGGAAAGACCAGAUGGGAAUUCAAGUCCAAGGCUACAAGGGUUAAGCCCCAAAAAUAUCCAGGACAUAAUGAAACAGGCAGCAAUUGAAAAUAGUGGAAAGUUCAAGUUGUCUUCAAUGUCCGAGGUUGAAACGGUGGACACACCAGAAAAGACCCCUACCGGUUCAGUCAAGAAGCUGAUAGCAGAAGAUAUGCAUUCUGUCAUUCAGAUAAGUAGCCAGGAAAACACAACCAACGAGGAUGCAACAAAGUCGUUACGUCAAGAGUCCCCUUCUCUCAAGCUUGUGCAUCAUUCUGCAACAGUUAAACCUUUUGUUGAAAAUACUAAGGAGAAUGUUCUGCAGAGUCCUCCAGAAAACAAUCGGAAAGAGGUCGCAUUUUCGCCAUCCACGCCGUCACCACCUCAUCCUUCAAGAACGUCGUUUCCUCCAACAGGAGCACCUCCCCCACCUCCUCCACUUCCAACUGUUGCUUCUCAACCUUCAGAGCAACUGCAGCAUUCUGUCGUCCAACCGGCAGAGACUCCUUCGCAGGGAAAUUCCUGGAUGUCAUUAGCUGGGUCUACAUUACAUCAAACAACUCCAAACGAAAAACUUCCCAUAACAUUGCCUCCAACAUCUCCUGUCCUUCCUCCAGCAUCCCAUGUUUCUCCUCAGGUGUCUUCAGAAACAACAAAUUCAUCGUCAGUUCUGCCAUCUCCUGCAUCGUCAGCUACUCUUGCUAAACCAUCCCAAACUGAGACAUUAGGUUCUAUUUCUUCUCCUACUUCACCUCCUCGACUCUCUAACUCAGACAAAACACAUGUGUUGCCUCGACCACCUCCUCCUCCCCCUCCUCCUCCUAUGCCGCAUUCAGACCCGAACACUGUCGCUAGAGUUUCCCAUCCUAUACCACCCCCACCCCCGGCACCAGCUAUCCCUGCAUCUUCUCCCCCUCCCCCCCUCCCCCCCCCCCCCCGCUCCCCCAGCUCCUCCUACACCUCCACGGCUUCCUACCUCUUCUGCCUCUCCUCCCCCUCCAACCGCACCACCUCCACCUCCACCACCGUUAGGUCAGAUGAAGGCACCGUCAGCACCACCCCCACCACCUUUAGUGUGCCUCCGAUACCUGCUUUACCAACUGGGUCUCUUUCAUCAGGAAAAGGGCGAAUGUUACGUGUAAAUUCAAAAAAUAAUCCAGCUAAAAAGCUGAAGCCAUACCACUGGUUGAAACUGACAAGAGCUGUCAAUGGGAGCUUGUGGGCUGAAACACAAAUGUCUAGUGAAGCUUCCAAGGCUCCUGAGAUUGACAUGACAGAGCUUGAAAGUCUUUUCUCCGCAUCAGCUCCAGAGCAGGCAGGAAAUUCAAGACUAAAUAGCUCUCGUGGACCUAAACCCGAGAAAGUUCAACUGAUUGAUCACAGGCGAGCAUACAAUUGUGAAAUUAUGCUUUCAAAAGUGAAAGUACCUUUGCAGGAUUUGAUGUACUCAGUGCUUAACCUGGAGGAAUCGGCUCUUGAUGCUGAUCAGGUUGAGAACCUAAUUAAGUUUUGUCCAACAAGAGAAGAAAUGGAAUUACUGAAGGGUUACAAUGGUGACAAGGACAAGCUUGGAAAAUGCGAACUGUUUUUCUUAGAGAUGAUGAAAGUCCCACGUGUAGAAACAAAGCUGAGAGUAUUCUCAUUCAAAAUUCAGUUUUGUUCUCAGAUUUCUGAGCUCAAGAAUAGUCUAAGUGUUGUGAACUCCGCAGCAGAACAGAUAAAGAAUUCUGAAAAAUUCAAAAGAAUAAUGCAGACGAUUUUGUCCCUUGGAAACGCCUUAAAUCAGGGGACGGCCAGGGGUGCUGCGGUUGGAUUUAAAUUGGACAGUCUGCCGAAACUCAGUGAAACACGGGCUCGUAAUAACCGUAUGACUCUGAUGCAUUAUCUAUGCAAGAUUCUUGCUGAGAAAAUGCCAGAAGUUUUAGAUUUCACGAAAGAUUUUUCCUCACUGGAGCCUGCAACAAAGAUUCAACUCAAGUAUUUGGCUGAGGAGAUGCAAGCUAUAAACAAGGGACUGGAGAAAGUCGUACAGGAACUAUCCCUGUCCGAAAAUGAUGGCCCAAUCUCACAUAACUUUAACAAGAUAUUGAAGGAGUUCCUUCAUUAUGCGGAAGCAGAAGUGAGGUCCCUGGCUUCACUCUAUUCCGGAGUGGGAAGAAACGUAGAUGGCUUAAUUCUCUAUUUUGGUGAAGACCCUGCUAAGUGCCCUUUUGAACAAGUGGUGUCGACUCUUCUAAAUUUUGUGAGACUGUUCAAUCGGGCGCACGAAGAAAACGUGAAACAACUCGAGGCAGAAGCUAAGAAGAGUGCUGAAAAAGAGAAAUCAAAUACAGGUGGAUUAGAUAAAGAAAGCAGAAAGCCGUUGGAGGAAGAAAUUAAGGGGAAAACAAAAACAAGCGAGUUAGAUAAAGAAACGAGGGAGCCACAGAAGGAAGAAAGCGCCACUUGAGAAAGUAACAGCUUCUUCUUUUAGGCGGGAAGGAAGGAAACGACGGGACUGGACCGGUGAAGGUGUGAGGCUGUGCUAAAAACUGGCUUUUACGGAAAAGUUAACUUGUAAAAUAGGGAAAGGGUAUAAGAAAAUCUUGUAACCAAAGAGUUGAUAAAUACAUCAUACACGUUCGUUACAGUAGCAGGAAAGAAAAGAGUUAAUAAGAAAGAGGCAUUCUUUUUGGUAAACAAGAUAGAUUGGGUCCUCUGUUUUUUCUUAUAUUUCGGUGAAUAAUAAUACUCUUCGGCUA